AUGCACGCUUCGGCAACCUCGGUGACAAGGCCGGACGAGCAGACGACGGGUUUCACGGUGGCCUCUGCCCAGUCGUCGCUGGCACCUUCCACCCGGCAGUCGGGAAUGAGUGCCACCAUGGGCGAGUCCAAAGCGGAGAACGCAACUACGGUGGAGUAUGAGACAGUGGUUACGGCUGGCUCCCGGCGGAUGUCCACGGUGCUCUCCACCAUGGGUUCUGUGCGGCACCCACCAUUGUUUCUGGAAGGGUACACGAUGUACUUGUUCGUCCUGUUCAUCACCAUGCUGGUGCUGAACGUCCUUACCGUUGUCUACAUGUACUUCGAGAACCAAGGCUUGGCACUCAGCAUGGACAAGGAGUCUGUUCUGCGGCACCCUCUGGUGUGCGUCCAUCGGUGCUCACCCCAGCUGGCUGCCUUCAUGCACCGCUACCCGCAGGACGGCCUGUGCGACUUCUUGUACCUGCAGCUGCCCGCCGGCCUGUCGCUGGCGCACGUCAGGACGGCGCCGUGCUACGACAAGUUCAGAACGAUUUCCAGCGUCGGCGCCGUCACGCGCCAUGGCGUACUCUUCGAUCGCAGCCAGAGCAACGCCAGCUACUGGCAGCUGAAGGGCGACGAGGGGAUGGUCGCGUUCGUGGCGUUGUGGGGCAACAGGAUCAAGAACCACGGACUGACCAACUUCGUGUUGAACAAGUCGACCUCAGCGAACGAGCUCAAGCUGUGUCUGCCCCUGAUUGAGCGGCUGCGCGAGCUGCAGGCCUUGCUAAAUGAGCUGACGGGAGAGGAGGUCGCGAGGCGGUACAUGAUGCUGGACGUACGCACCUCGUACACCAACCCGACCGCGGACCUCGUGAUACUGAGUAAACUGCUUCGCAUCGUCAUGACCUUUCCAAUCGACUUGCUGCUGCUUCAAACGCACCUUCCGGCGGAUGGCGCCAAGCCCUGCAUGGUGGUGGGCCCCACGACAAGUGUGCGAGCGGGCACGUUGGACGCCGUGGAGGUGCCCAUCAUGAGCGAGACCAUGGUCAUGGCUUCGCGGGCCGAGCCGCCGGACUACGUGACCGUGCUGCUGUCAUUCAGUGCGCGGACCCUGUCCUUCGACGUUCCGCAGUCGUGGAGCCUGGGCAUGCCGUGUGACAACAUCACGGAACCGAAGCAGUUUAGUGAAGUUUGCUAUGAUCAGCUGCUUAUCACGAAUGCCGGCUGGGAGAUGUCCUGGUUCCAAACGAGCAGCCGCUACAAGACGCACGUGGUCACAUUCGACGACAACUCCACCGUCGGCCCAAAGAUGAUGCACGCCUACAAGCUCUACAGCGGCAAGCGCCUCGGAUGGGCCGUUGACGACGUGGAGUUCGACAUCGGGCCCAAGGAUUGCCGCAAGGCCGUUCCGCUCGUAUGGUUGGUAGCCCGAGGCAGGCCCGGGCGCAUACCGCAGCUGCCCUGAAGAUCGCCACGCGAACACGCCGCGGGUUUUUUUACCGCCCAGAACCGAGCGUGGUGCACCAUUCGAUAGAGACUCGUGUGAUAGCUUUGAAUUGUCGAACACAUAUAACGUGCAGUACGCGCUUCUCGCGAGAUAUUGGCACUAAUUAAAGCCAAUGCACACACGCGAAACCGCGACCCUGCCUACUCUACAAGCAGUGCGUACGCUUUGUAUGCGGGAUAUACUGAAAUGCGCGAUGAAAAUUAUCAUUAUUCUUAA